UAAGAAUCAUAUGCAUUCGUGCGUCAACGUGGAGACAUCAAGCACAAGUCAAGUCAACGCCGACGCCUUGUUUGCACGCGUACAGUUUUGUAAUGUAAAGCAAGCCAUUGCAAUUUAAAAAGUUACUCGCUAAAGUUUCACAAAUAUGCAACUAUUCAAGCUCGGGAAGAUUCACUGUUGCAUCAGCGUCUUCAAUCUACUAAUUUACCUUUGCCAUCUCCUUAGCUCCACUCGGGGUUACAAUUUGGAUACCGACCACUAUCUUAAUUUCACUGGCUCAAACGGCUCAAUGUUUGGAUAUUCGGUUUUGCUUCACAAACAUGAAAACGAGACAUGGGUGUUGGUGGGCGCACCGGUUGCAAACUCUAGCUUUCACAUGCACACCAGAAACCCUGGUGCAAUUUUUAAAUGCAAAAUCACAGAUGGGACAUCCUGCGAGGAGAUUGAUAUAGGCAUGCAAAAUGUUAGAUGUGGAAAGACUUGCUAUUCUGAAACUGACAAUCAAUGGCUUGGUGUGAGCAUGUCCCGACAGCAGGCUGAUGGAAGCAUAUUGGUCUGUGGACAUCGUUGGAAAAAUAUAUAUUACUCAAAAGAAAACAACUCUAAGACGCCCAUGUUGCCACAUGGUUUAUGCUACAAAUUGGAGGCUGAUUUGAUGCACUCUAUUCAUUUUAUCCCUUGCUACAAAGACAAGGCGAAAGAGCAUGAUGACGACUAUACAUUCUGCCAAGCUGGAACAUCCAAUUUUCUGAUGGAGGACUUAAUUGUUAUGGGCGCCCCUGGGACUGCUUACGGGACUGGCUCGGUUUUGGUCUUUAACAUAUCGGCUCAAAGUCUAUCAUUCUUCGAUGGAGAAGGCAGCUUUGUGCAGUCUGGAAGCUAUUUAGGAUACUCUGUUGGGGCAGGCCACUUCAGUCACCCAGACAGCACAGAGGUGGUGGGAGGGGCACCGCAGUCUGAGCAAAUUGGUAAAGUGUGCAUACUCAAAAUGGAAUCUGACGAGCUCAAAGUCAUCUUUCAAGCCACUGGCAAGAAGCUGGGCUCCUAUUUUGGCGCGUCUGUCUGUGUGGUUGACCUGAAUUCAGACGGGCUCUCUGACCUGCUAGUGGGAGCUCCCAUGUACAGCAGUGUCCGGGAAGAAGGACGUGUGUAUAUCUACAUGAACCAUGGAGCUCAAAAAAUUGUGGAAGUAGGGUUUGUAUUGGCGGGGAGUGAUGCCUAUGCAGCAAGGUUUGGAGAAGCCAUCACAAACCUUGGAGAUAUUGAUGACGAUGGCUACCCAGAUGUUGCAGUUGGGGCACCACAGGAAGACAAUCUAAAAGGAGCUGUUUAUAUCUACAAUGGGAGGAGGAAUGGCAUCACUCAGACUUACGUUCAACGCAUCACUGGGGCCUUGCUGGGUAAUCCCUUCAAGAUGUUUGGUCAGUCUGUGUCUGGUGGCAUCGACGUGGAUGGAAAUGGCUACCCAGAUAUUGCCGUAGGGGCCUUUCUGUCCGAUUCAGCAGUGGUACUCAGGACACGGGCUGUGGUCAUUGUGGAGGCCUUUGUAAUCCUGCCUGUCAGUGUGAACCGAAGCCAACUGCUGUGCUCUGAGAAUGGCCAGCCGGCCGUCUGUAUCAACGUCAAUGUCUGCUUCAAGGUCCAGGGUCGACGGAUACCUGGAAAAAUAGGACUGCUGUACAACCUCUCUGCGGAUGUGAAUCACUUGGAGGCCUUUCCCUCCAGGUUCUACUUCACUGGGAACGGGACGUCCAACACAACAGCCGGGCGGGUGGAGACCGAGCCCGGGAGCCUGACCUGCGUCCCUCACAGAGCCUUCAUGAGGCGAGAUGUUCGAGACAUAUUCACCCCAAUCCUGUUUGAGAUGAAAUAUGAGCUGGGAGAGCACAGUGUUCCUAAGGAUGUUUCUGGAAGUUUCCCCCCCCUCAAACCAGUCCAGCAGAGGAAGGGGAACAGUAACCAGGUUGCCAACCAGACAGAAUUUGCCCGAUACUGUGCGUGGGUCAACUGUUCAACAAAUCUGCAGGUUUCUGCAAGCCUGGUGCUGCCCCAGUCCUACAAAAACAUGCAGUACUUUGCGCUGGGGGAGAAGAAGACUGUCAUGCUGAACGUGACUCUGAUCAACAGCGGGGAUGAUGCCUUCCUCCCCAGGAUUUACCUAAGGUUCCCCAGCAGCCUGUUCUUUAUCAAAGUCCUCGAUGCGGCAAUGAAGUAUGUGAGCUGUGAAAUCACCAAGGAAGGCGAAGCCUACACAGGGUUGAACUGCAGUGUGGGGAAUCUUUUUAUUAACUCUCUGGAAAAGCACACUAUCAGUUUUCUGCUGGAUGUCAACCAGAGCAGUAAUGCAGGAGACCUCAAUAUUACAGUCAACACUACCUGUCAGAGUUCUGAAAAUGAAGACCUUCUCCAUGAUAACUUUGCCAGACUGAUGUUGCCUUUGAGAUAUGGUGUCAACCUUACUGUCCACGGAUUUGUCAGCCCAUCCACAUUCAUAUUUGGACAUGAGAAGAGCAGUGUUGACUUCACAGAGAAGUUCAAUUUCACCUUCAAGAUUAUUAAUGUUGGGCCAAGCAAAGCUCUGGGAGCCAAAGUUGAAAUAGAUAUACCCAGACACAUGGUACCAUACCCAAACAUAUUACUCAACAUUUUGGAUGUCAAGACGUCUCUCGGGAGCUGUGACAUUAAAAAUUCCACCAAUGUGACUGACGAUUAUUAUCGCAUGCCAAAACCAUUCCUCUUUGAAUACCUGAUAUCCCCCCCUUUUGAACAAAGGCAACGGCAUAUGUACUGCACAAAGGAGGACCUGACGUGCUUGUACAUCACGUGCGUGUUAGGAGACAUGGAUGUUGGGAAAGAUGCCUCUGUGCUUGUGGCGGUACAGCUGAACCCUGCAGUACUACAGAUCUACCCUGGGAAGAUCGUCGCUGCAGUGGAGAGCUCAGCUAUUGCGUCACCAGUGAAGGAUAUUUAUGUCCUGGACUUACAGGAAGGGAUGGCUGCCAGUAUUUUGCUGAUGGGCCAUAGUGGUCAGAUGUCGUUUCGUGACAGAGUCAUCAUCCUGGCAGUGAGUCUGUUCAUCGGGUGUGGAACACAGGCCUUUAUUAUAGUCUGCCUCAAUAAGAUGGCGCAGUGGGUAGCACCGCCGCCUGACAGCAAGGAGGUCCUGGGUUCAAAUCCCCGUCGGCCGGGGCCUCUCUGUGUGGAGUUUGCAUGUUCUCCUCGUGUUUGUGUGGGUUUCCUCCAGGCUGGUUUCUUUAACAGGUGGAAAAAAUUGGAGCAAGACAGCUUGCUCAAUAUAAAUGAGGACAAGGAUUGAAUUUUGAGAAAAAAUGCACAAUCAAGUUUUGUUUUUUUAAAAUAAAAAAAUAAGGGAAGAAGAGGUCUGCUGCACAAUUAAAAUGUCCUAAAAAUCCAAAACCCUAUGGAUGUCUUCAAUAUAGAAGGAAGUAACAUUGUAGAAGUUAAGAGAAGAAAGGUUUCCACUGUACUUUAGCUUCUUUGCCUAGACACAUUUCCGCUGUACCAACCUUUUGGCCAGUUAGAUCAAAACACAAAAUGUGUCCAUUAAAAAAAAGAAUGCAAGAAUUAGCUGUGCCGUCAUGCAGUACGACCUCUACAAAAUGACAAUCAAUGGAGAAGGUAGUGGGAAUUUGCUGCUUCCCAAUUUCCUAUUUCCUAUUCCUAAGUACAAAGCUUGAAAAUUCAUCAAGCUACAGUAUUUAUGCUCAAAGUGGCAGUAGAAAAGUCUGAUUGCAUUAAGUUAUGUUUCUAUAUUAAAUGCAUUAUCUGCAGGACAGACAAAAUUCACUUUAUUUUAAAUGACAGUAAGGGCUUAAUAGCUAAUAUAAUAUAUAUUUUUUUUUAUCAUGUUCACAAAGUGUACAAUGAGAUGUAAAAGUCUCCAGAUGACGUUUUGCUGUUUAGGUAUGAACCCAGACAUGUAUUUGUAAAUGUAUUUUAAUAAAACCUUUUUUUUGUUUCUGGACAAAAAAACAGUCUGCUUUUGUUUUUUAUAUAAUAGCUUUAUUUCUAAUAAUAUUUUAUACUAUAAAAAAGUGAUUUGUGCAAAAGCUAAAGGUUUGUAAAAACAAUGCAAUAUUUUACAGAUUACAUUCAGUUUAGCUUUGAGUUUGUAUGCACUGGAAUGUUUGAUGGGUAUUUUGCCUUUGCAUUUAAAUAAUAGUUAAAUAAUGUUGUGUCUAAAGACAGUGUGUUGUCUACUUUGACAUCCCGAUAUUCACUGUGUAGUGAACUUAGAGUAGUGCACAGCAGUGGUCAUGUGAAGCCCUUUAUGCCUAGAAAAGCCUUUGGUAAGUUGGUGUGGAGACAGCGGCUUAAAUGCAGCUGCACUUGAUCAGGGACUCUUCGGUUUCCUCCACGUUCACCCCGAAAAGCGUGAUAAGUUCAGGGUGCACCCUGCAGAACAAGACGCCUCAUUACAGCCAAGCACGCAGGCAGGAAGAUGUCUGUAAGAUUGACACUCACUGGACAACUGUUUGAAUACG